AUGUUCGCGUUAUUCUUCGUAUCCCUACUGUUUUUAAACACUGGACACGCUCUUGAAUGUUGGUCCGAUUGUGAAACUGGCGGCCGAUUCGGUACACCACUUCACAUUCCUGAGGGUCAAUGUCAACAACGCACUUCAGCGUCCAACUGCUCUGUUCAUCUGAGCUUCAAAUACCAUCAACAAUACUAUGCUGCAAAAUUUGGCAUCUUUCCUGGAUCGCCGUAUGAUCUUAUUUUUAUUUCAUCUGACCUCGCUUAUGAUAUGCUAUUUUCAUGUUCAGAAGAUACCGAGUGCCCUGUCGUUUAUGCACAGAGCAAGAUAGAUGAAAUGGUUGCUCGAAACUACAGCACCACACGUAUCUAUGAACCACUCGAACUACUUAUCGACAAUCCGUCACGAAAUGGUUCGAUCCAGUGUCAUGAUUUAAGAAACAACGUUAUUACAUGUUCUUCAAGCGAGCUCUGUUCAUCGAGCUUUGAUACAAAAAAACAGCAGAUCAUAUCACGUCAAUGUGAGAAUGAUGAUGGAGGCGUCCGAGUUACUGUCUUCGAUGACGAUCUCUCUCCACGUAUUGACGUUAGAUGUAGACGAAAUUUAUGUGAUGGAGAUAUGACAUUUAAUCAAAUCAAGAGUAUUUUGGCAGAGAAUGGUCUAACAGAUGCUAAUGGACGAACCAGGGGCGCAGCAACCAUGGCUGUAGGAACAAAAGAGAUGGCUUCGUUUGUUUCGGUGACACUAGCUUUUAUUAUUGCUCUUGUCUCUUAUUUUUGA